AAAAACAAAAAAAAAAAAAAAAACUUGGAAAAUCCAAGGGAUUCAUAGACCCAGAGAGAAAAAUAUAAAAAACGUUAAAACAAAGAAACACAAAAAUACGAAAACCAAAACCAAUCUCCAACAACGCUUCAAAAUGGCCCCAAUAGACCCCCGCGUCAACUUCCGCACGUCGUACAACCAGGACGAAAUCAUCGCCACCAUGACAGCAUACUACCAAUUCCUAAGUCGUCUUCCAUACGUCGACCCGUCCGAUAUCAUGUACCCUCCUCCAGGGGGGUGGCCGGAGAUCAACCAGGAAACGCUGGGCUACUUGGGCCGCACUGACACGGUGAUCGAGUUGCUGCGUCACUUGCCGUAUAUUAAUACCGACAACCACGACUUCCUUGUUUCACUCGACGUGCAUGCUGCGGAUUAUCGAGGUAAAUGGUUCAAGUCAAGCGUAGCCAAGAAAGUGGGCUCUUUCGCGACACCUGUGGGAGCGACGUUUCCCCCGAACGUGAUUGGGUUGACGAACGGGAAGAACACGGGUGUUUAUUUGAUGCUUGAUACGGUUGAUGGGACAAUAACGCCGUACGAGAUUAUGGGCUAUACCUACGAUCCUACAUACCCCCCAGGCGAUCCGCGAAGCUGGCGAGAUCAAUGCCACGACGAGACGCUCAGGUUGUCGGAUAUAUUGGAUAGAUGGAAGCAAAAGUUUGCCACGCUGGAAUGGAUGGCUUCGCCGCUGAAUGGGUGGCCGUAUAUUUGGUGGGGAGAUGACCGGCGCCAGUCCGAAGAGACGCGUCAGAGAGAGGAAAUGAGAGAAAUCUUUCGAGCACAUGGUUGGCCAAACUCAUUUCGGAGAGAUGAAUGCAAACAGGCUCUUAUUAAGUGGGAAGAGGAACGCCAUAGGAGAUAUCGGGAAGCUCAAAAUGGCGCGUGAUCAUCCAAAGAAUAUUCAGAGAUUGGAAUCCAAAUAGCAUCCCACUUAGCGCUUUAAUUCUAGCAAACUUCGAAAUCAAAUUUCCUGUCC